AAACGAAAAAAAAGUGAAAAACCGUAAUUCCUAAUUUUCUAUCUUCCUGAAUUCCUUUUACCCAAAAAUUAAAUAAAAGAUCGUGAAUCUUGAGAUAUUUCUGCAAGUAGAAAACAGACAAAGCACCACCUUUUUUGCUUACCGAAUCGCUUGUUUCCUUCCAAAUUAGCACAGCGCAACCACAACGAUAGCUCGGGAAAUUUAAAAAUUAAAAAUUUCCUAAAGAAACAAUCUUUGGCAAGAAUUCACUUGAUUUCUGACUUGAAUUCAAGAUUGUGGAAGAAGAUGAUAUAUUAGAAAGAUUGUUGUGCUUCUUGAAUGUGGAUUGCAUAAUGCCAAAAUUUCAUCUUUUUUAUUGUGGAGAGUAUAAUUCUUGAUUUGAGCUGAGUUUCUGCAACUGAGUGUAAAAGUGACUAGUUAAGUUAACUCUCACUAUUGGAGCGCUGCAAAUAGAGGAGGAUCGUGAUUGCUUUUUCUUAAUCGAUGGCGGGUUCGAUGAUAAUCUUGGGAAAGAUACCGCUGCACACGCCUAGGCCAUCAAUCAGGUGCUCUUUCAGUUCUAAUCCACAAAGGUUGGAGUGUGUCUCGUCUCCUUCGAUACACUUGAGACGAGGCAUCAAGAAAAACAAGCUUCCCUUGAAGGAGGCUCUCUUUCGUGGCCAAUCACUCUGUUGCUAUAGGGACAAGACUGUUUCGUGUUCUAGCUCAGAUUAUCUGCAUCCGAGCAGUCAGGAAUCAGUCGAAGUGAAAAAAGGCGAAGGAUUUCAGCAAUGGGAUUCAAUGACAGCAAAGUUUGCUGGAGCUGCGAAUUUGCCCUUCUUGCUGUUGCAACUGCCUCAGAUCAUACUCAAUACGAGGAAUCUUCUGUCGGGGAACACUUCUGCGCUUCUGGCCGUUCCAUGGCUGGGCAUGCUUACGGGAUUGCUUGGAAAUCUUUGCCUGGCCUCGUACUUCAUUAAGAAGAAGGAGACUGAAGCAGUUGUAGUCCAGAGCUUAGGAGUGAUAUCAACGUAUGUGGUAUUGUUGCAGUUGGCUAUGGGUGGAGCUAUGCCUCUCCCUCAUUUUGUUGCAACUUCUAUCGUGGUCGCUUCUGGUAUGACUUUAAACUUUCUGAAAUAUUUCGACUGGCUCCACCCCGAAAUCUGGCGAUUUUGGGAAGACUUUGUUACCGUAGCCGGGCUCUCCGUCCUCCCACAAGUCAUGUGGUCGACUUUCAUUCCUUAUGUGCCAAACACUAUCUUGCCGGGAACUAUCGCCUUCAUUACCUCUUUGGUUGCUGUAUUUAUGGGUCGCAUGGGCAAGCUCUCUGACAAAGGCGUCAAAAUUCUUGGAUCGAUAUCUGGGUGGACCGCUACUGUUCUUUUCAUGUGGAUGGCUGUUGCACAAAUGUGGACAAAUCUUCUGACUCCUGACAACAUAAAAGGUUUAUCAGCCGUGUCAAUGCUGCUGGCCGUGAUUGGCAACGGGCUUAUGAUUCCACGUGCACUGUUUGUCCGGGAUUUUAUGUGGUUUGUUGGAUCAGCAUGGGGAUCUGUCUUCUACGGAUGGGGAAAUCUUACGUGUUUGUACUGCUUUAAAUGUAUCAGCCCCGGAUUCUACAUAGCUUCAACCGUCUCCUUCCUCGCCUGGAUAGAUGUUGAUUCAGUGCUGACGUUUUCGAGGGAUUCACAAGCGCAUGGUCUUAGUUCACCCUUCGCCUCGUUGAAGGAACUUGUUUUUGGACCUUGAUCAUCCUUGCUAUGACAUCUAAUGGAGAUAGUCAAACAACUUACACGACAUUCAGAAGAAAGAGUAGAUACGCCAAAAUUGAAAGUACGCCCUCUCCAAAGCUUCCAUGUAUUUGAAGGAUCGAUCGGGGGGUUUUCCAGUUCUUCAUUCUCCUCCUCGCCCCGUCUCUUCAAAACGAAGUUGUAGCAAAGACUGCUGAAAUUGGUGUAUGAUGUUAAGCCAAAUCGUAAAUUUCAAUUCUCCAGUGUAGUUUCCGUGAUUCUAGUUCUUGUUUUUUCGAUUUUUAUGAUUAAACUGGAAAAUGAGGUUCAAGUGUACACAAAAUAAUUAUGUAGCUGCGAAAUUCACCAAAUGAUUUUAGUACUUUGAGAAUGGGAUGAAUCUUUAAUUGAA